AUGGUGCAGAAAAGUUUACAGAUAGUAAGACCACCAAAAAGUGGAGUAGUGUUAAUGGGAAGAAGAUUUUCAUUUAAUUGUAAAGCUAAAGGAGAUCCACCUGUUAAAAUUAAAUGGUUUAAAAAUGGAGUUGAGAUGAAUAAGCAUGGCAGGAAUAAUUUUUACAGAAUAUCGCCUAAAUCUGGUCAUCUGAGAUUUACUCAAGUCAAUGUAAUAGAUAGAGGUACCUAUAAAUGCCGUGCUGAAAAUGGACUGGAAGCGGUAGAAUCUAAAGAAGUGACACUAGCUGUGCAUGCACCAGCUAAAAUAGUGGAAUUGACCAAAGAUAAAGCGGUAGAAUUUGGUACUACUAUUGUAAUCAGAUGUACUGUUGCUGGUAUACCAACGCCUACACUAGAGUGGAAAAAAGAUGAUCAAGUGGUACAGAAAAAAAUUCCAAGUCAUUCUGAAAAUACAAAUUAUGUUAAUAUUACAACACCACCCAUAGUAGAAGAUGAAUAUACUAUCAAUGUCACAGAAGCUGCUAAAUAUAAUUGUGAGGCACAUAAUCAUCCUCAUGGUGGAUAUACCAAAGAUUCAAGAACAACUCAUCUUUAUCUUUUAAGUGACCACACAAAUCCAUAUGGUACAUAUAAUCUACCAAUUGCAUCAGGAUUCCAUCUCUUCUCUCCUUCCUGGUGA